CCCCUCCCUCACCGUUUGUCCAAGGCGCGCCUGCGCAAUGGGCCUGACCUGGCACCAGGUCCGAGGCCUGUUCCUGGCGGUGGGGAGUGUCAGGCGGCUCGGCGGCAGCGGCACUCGCGGUGUGGGUAGCGCCAGCCAAUCUGAAGCCAUGAGCAAAAACAAGAUCCCGGAUAGAUGGCAGAAAUAUUCUGCUGUGGGACGCCGGCUCCCGGGCACAAGAUUCAUCGCCUUUAAAGUCCCCCUGAAGAAGAUAUUUGAAAGGCAGCUGCAACCUUGGGAAUUCUUCUCACCGACUGACCUCCUCAGACAAAUCAAAGAACAGAGGGAGGAAUUGGGGAAAAUCAUUGACCUUACCUUUACAAAACGUUACUAUGAUCCUCAGGAGCUGCCAAAAGGUUUGGUCUACGAGAAAAUUUUCACUGCUGGACAUGAAGUGCCAAAUGCAAAAACCAUCUUGACGUUUAAACAAGCUGUACAACAAUUCUUGUCAGAUAACAAGGAUAAUGAUAAACUGGUUGGAGUUCAUUGCACUCAUGGAGUUAACAGAACUGGCUAUCUAAUUUGCAGGUACUUGAUCGAUGUGGAUGGGAUGGAGCCUCGACAUGCAAUCAAGUUGUUCAGUCAAUCCCGAGGAUGCCAAAUAGAAAGACAGAAUUACAUACAGGAUCUUCUGCAGGGGCCACACAGGAGCAACAAAGGAAUUGGUGCACCGGGCCCAAAGCAGAAGGCAUCUUACAGCCAGCAACCCAAGUUCAAGCAGCAAGAGAGACUUUUUAGAGGCGAAUGCCCCAAACGCAAUGAUUUUCGCGAAUUCAGCCAAUUGGUGUGCCCACCAAGACAGCCUGCAAACCCCUUCCAGUCUGUGCAGCAUCCUAAGAGACGAGGGCUCGGGACUGGUGCUGUGAGCCAAACAAUUCAGUACAAUGGAAAAACCAAGCUAUCUUCCAACCACGAUUAUGCAGAACAGGAACUGUCCUUGAGGAAUUGUCAAACCGAGGUUCCACGGUGGGGUGGUCAGCCGGACGCCUCGUGGUGGGGCGGUCAGCCGGACACCUUGCGGUGGGGCGGUCAGCCGGACGCCUCGCGGUGGGGCGGUCAGCCGGACGCCUCGCGGUGGGGCGGUCAGCCGGACGCCUCGCGGUGGGGCGGUCAGCCGGACGCCUCGCGGUGGAACAAUCAGCCACAGUGGCAGCACCAGAAUUAUCAGCGGCCUCCACCUGCUGGAAGGGGUAACAAAGGCUGGAAGCUAAAUUUUGGAGCUCAGGCCAAAUUGAACACACAUCUACGGUGGGACAAUUGAAAUGUGAAUUGUGGAUAUUUUAGUAAUUUUAAUUUGCUAUGUGUGAACACACUUCGCAUCGCUAUUUUAUAAAGACUGCUUCGUUUUGAAGCAUUUUUUGACAUGAAAUGGAGCAGCUGAAUGGGAGCUGGUCUGGGUUUGAGAUCAGUGUUCCAGUGGUUCUCAUCACUUGAUACCAAGCACUGUUGAAUGUCAUGUCUAAGGAUUUUCCUUCAUUUCCUGAGACCACUGCACUGUGCUAGUAACGGUCCUGCUCCCAUGUUAGCCAGAUCAAACUUUUCAUGUCUCAUAGCCGCAAUUUUGGAAGCCCAUUGUUUACUGUUAUACUCAGCAAGUUCAAGGUCGGGGGUGGGGGUUGCAGAGUGAACACAUCGUGCAGUCAGCUCACUCAAAGUGAUGGACAGUUUUGUCAUUCUCCAGUUUACCAACUGGUUUCUUACAGUGGCAAUGCACUGAAAAGUUAUUUGCAUUAUAUUUAGGUUCUGGGACGAUGUAAGAUCUCCCAUGAGGUUUCACCUGGGCAGUCAGAAAGUCAUGUACCAAAGUUGUUGAAUAUUAUAUUUGAAACUGGAUAUCCUUUUAAAUUGUUCCUUUUAAAUGAUUUAAUUCUCAUUGCACUCAGCCCAGCUUAAAAUCUAUCUAACUUUGCUAAAUCCACUGAUUUCAGCUGCUUGUGGUCAGUGGCAGUGAUGUGGAAUCAGUCAGAGCAGCAUCUUCUGGCAGCUGUGGAGGUCAGGCUUAGCUCUGUGCUUUGCCCAUGUAAGUGGGACAGCCUGCUGACCACCACCAGCUCCUCCCCCGCCACACAAAUCCCAUAGAGAAUUCACACUUGGAACUGCGGGUGAUCAGUGCCAUCUGAGAAAUUCAGCUCAGUGAGAGACGCAAAUCUUAAUUCUGCCCAUGGCUACUUCUUGCAGCUAUUCUGUAUAUAAGAACAUAAGAACUAGGAGCAGGAGUAGGCCGUCUGGCCCUUCGAGCCUGCUCCGCCAUUCAAUAAGAUCAUGGCUGAUCCUUUCGUGGACUCAGAUCCACUUACCUGCGUCCUUUAUUGUUCAAAAAAAAUCUACUUUUUUUUUAGAAACAUUUACUGAAGUAGCAUCAACUACUUCACUGGGCAAGGAAUUCCAUAGAUUAACAACCCUCUGGGUGAAGAAUUUCCUUCUCAGUUCAGUCCUAAAUCUGCUCCCUCUAAUCUUGAGGCUAUGCCCUCUUGUCCUAGCUUCACCUGCCAGUGGAAACAUCCUCUCUACAUCUAUCUUAUCUAUUCCCUUCAUAAUUUUAUAUGUUUCUAUAAGAUCCCCCCUCAAUCUUCUGAAUUCCAAUGAAUAUAAUCCCAAUCUACUCAGUCUCUCCUCAUAAGCCAACCCCCUCAACUCCGGAAUCAACCUAGUGAACCUCCUUUGCACCCCCUCCAGUGCCAAUACAUCCUUUCUCAAGUAAGGAGACCAAAACUGCACACAGUACUCCAGGUGUGGCCUCACCAGCACCUUGUACAGCUGCAACAUAACCUCUCUGCUUUUUAUUUCAAUCCCUUUAGCAAUGAAGGACAAAAUUCCAUUUGCCUUCCUAAUUACUUGUUGUACCUGCAGACCUACCUUCUAUGAUUCAUGCACAAGGACACCUAGGUCCCUCUGCAUAGCAGCAUGCUGCAACUUUUUACCAUUCAAGUAAUAAUCCUUUUUACUAUUACUCCCAGCAAAAUGUAUGACUUCACAUUUAUUUACAUUGUAUUCCAUCUGCCAGACCUUUGCCCACUCAUUCAAUGUAUCUGUGUUCCUCUGCAAAGUUUCACAGUCCUCUGCACACUUUGCUUUGCCACUCAUCUUAGUGUCAUCUGCAAACUUUGACACCCUACACGUGGUCCCCAACUCCAAAUCAUCUAUAUAAAUUGUAAAUAAUUGCGGUUCCAACACCGAUCCCUGAGGCACACCACUAGUCACUGACUGCCAGCUAGAAUAGCACUCAUUUAUCCCCACUCUUUGCUUCCUGUUAGUCAACCAAUCCUCUAUCCAUGCUAAUACUUUACCCUUAAUGCCAUGCAUCCUUAUCUUAUGCAGUAGCCUCUUGGCCUCCUAAUAUCAAAGUGGCCUCUAAAUUUAUGUUUUUUUCCCUGGACUCUGGGCUUGCGUUUUCAAAUGUUGACACAGCUAAAGAAUUUUCUCUUCACUUUUUAUACAUAAAUUGCCUGAAUCAAACAAAGAAAGAUUGUUUUAUCUUUUAUCGUAGUUGGCACUAUGCAGAACUAAAUUCAGAAAUAAAUGUGUUUUCCAGUA